AUGCACUGGCUCAACGUCCCGAGCAAUGACUUGACAGAAGAACCCGCCGAAGGCGAAGAGGCCCAAAGUUUCCUCACCAUCAACAUCUUCAUCUUCCACGAGGGCGGCACCCUUCUCCUCCACAACGCCCAAGAGAACACAUGGGUCCUACCGCACGAAGCCUCACUGCCAAACAGCACUCCCGAGACGUUGUCCAGCCUCUACCAACAAACCGACCCCGAACCCGACCCCACCUCCAGCGGCAAAUCCCUCCAAGACAUCGCCAUGCAAAGCCUCGAGCACGGAUUUCGAGACUUCGUCCUCGACAACCUCCAAUUCCACGACCUCGCCUUCUCCAACGUCCUCACCAUCCCCUCAACAACCACCCAGAACCAGAACCUCCUCCUCACAACCUCCAUCGCGCGCCUCCUCCCCCACAACUUCAAAUGCAACCCCGAAGGUCUCUUCACCCUGAACCCGCUCUCCCCAAACCAGUACGACGACAUCCGCCUCUGCAGCCCACAGGAGACCAUCGACCUCCUCCCAGCCGAGCAAGGCCGUCUCGCCGAACAGGCCAUGCGUCGCUACCUCCUCGCGUCCAAGAAAGCCGUUGUCCUACGCCCCAGCGGCAUCGGACCCCAGGCUUGGAUGGAAAACGUCCUUGCGACGUAUAUCCAUUGCCAGAGCCUUCACCGGGGACAGAAGUAUUUCGAUCGUCUCCCCGAGGAGUUGAGGAGGCAUCCUGUUGAGCUGGUGAUGCGCGAUUACAAGACGGCGAUUUGUAGGAAGGUUUUGCGCGGUGGGGAGGUGCAGCUUGUGGUUUAUCCGAUGACGAGGGUGGGGUUUGAGUACUUCAUGAGGGCGGUGGGGAUUUGGGGAAUGAGGCUUGUGGGGACGUAUGCUUGGAGGGAUGGGGCGAUGCGGUUUGAGUGGCGGGAGCGUGUGAAGGGGGAGUGGGUUACUGAGUAUGGGAGGUUGAGAGUUGCUUGGAUCAAUUGA